AUGAGUCUGCAUGGGCUAGGAGUGAUUGGGGCCCAGGUGGCCGCAUCAAUCAAGAGCAGCGACGAGAAACGAUCCCCCAAGAUAGCACACCCUUCAUCUCUACCCCCUUCGCCACACGAAGCCACGCGUUCCUUUGAAUUUGACCCCUCCAUCGGCGCCAAACCUCAUUCACCGUUCUACUCUCAUGCUGCGGCGACUGUGUCAUACGAAGAACUUACUUUCACAACCAAGACCGCCGACCAUGAUGGCUGCGAGCUUCGCGACCUUGAGAAUGCCGGACCAUACAAACCAAGUCGGACAGGUAGCCCACGGCGAUCCAAGCUGUGGGACAAACAAGAGAAUCCACCACGUUCAUGCUUUCACAGACUCAGCCACCGUCAACGGAUGAUCAUCAAAGCCAUCAUUGCCGUCGGCACCGUGGGCACCAUGAUUGCAAUCGCCCUAGGUAUCACGGCGGCAGUUGGAGGAGCAACCUGGAGGGAUGGUGCCUCGAAGGCAUCACUUGGCGGAUAA